AAAAAAUCUAGUGGGUUGACAACUUGUCAUAUUUAUCCGGUAAUUUUCGAAAAUUAACUUAAAUUGGAAGAUUUCUGACACAUUUAUACCAUGAUUCGCUUUAUAUUAAUACAAAACAGGGCAGGUAAAACGAGGCUGGCAAAAUGGUACAUGAGUUUUGACGAUGAUGAAAAGCAGAAACUUAUUGAGGAGGUUCAUGCAGUGGUCACUGUGCGAGAUGCCAAACACACAAACUUUGUAGAGUUCCGGAAUUUUAAAAUAGUUUACCGCCGAUAUGCGGGCCUAUACUUUUGCAUAUGUGUAGACGUAAACGACAACAACUUGUGCUACCUAGAAGCCAUUCAUAACUUCGUCGAGGUUUUAAACGAGUAUUUCCACAACGUAUGUGAGUUAGAUUUGGUGUUUAACUUUUACAAAGUUUACACAGUUGUGGACGAAAUGUUUUUGGCCGGUGAAAUUAGGGAAACAUCCCAAACGAAAGUCUUAAAGCAAUUGUUAAUGUUAAACUCACUGGAAUAAGGAUUUUAUACCUGGGUUGUUGAGAUUUGUUGUAGGAGAAAUAAUUGUUUGUUUGUAUAUUUUUAUGCACAAUAUUUAUGUAAUAGUGUUUUUUGUGUUCGGUUAAGUUUUUAAACUCAUAUUUUAAGCUUAUUAUUUUUCCUACUCCAAUUUUAAAACAAUCUGAAUCGGUUACACAAGCCAGUGUACCUACAUGUCUCCAUUGUGUAUAUUUCAUGUAAAUUAAAAGUUUUAAAUAAUUUAAUGUCUAUUUUAAGUUCUAUCAAUUACAAAUAUGAUUUAAAUUAAUUUAGAUAGUUAUGUAACUGUAUUGUUUUCUUUUUAUAGUUUAUUGAAAAUACUCAAAAAAAUAUUUGCCAUUUUUUGUUGACAACUAAUUUAAGUGCUUGCUGAAUAAAAAAAAAGGAACCAAAAAUUAGGUACCCCGUAAAUAUUAGAGCCAAACAAUAUCAAAACCAAAUUGGCAUCUGGAAUGCUAUAUGUUUAAGUUAUUUUCGAAUUUUAAGUUGUAGAUUUAAUGAUAAUUUGUAAAAGUUGACAUUCCAAUAAUUAUAAACAGAACAUGUUUGAAUGCUACCAUAAAUUCUCUGGUAGAACAAAAAGUAGAUAAAACCGUCAUUUAUUAGGGUUUUUGGUAGUAAUUCUUACAAUGUCGAUUGUUGUGUUCAAAUGUUAUAUUAGGUAAAUAAAGUAUG